UGUUGUAUUUUGUUAUCAAACAUUUCAGUAGUGUCAUUGUGAAUGGGAAGAUUAUGGUAUUAUAUUUUGUUGAUUUACUUCAUUAAUGGAAUUUAGUACAAUUCCAUUAACCAAAAUUUUUAUAUAAUCUGAAGUCCAAAUAAAGUUAAGAACUCCUUUGAAUAUUCGAUUUAUCAUUUAUGAGUUUAUCAGAAAAACUUAUUCAAAAUGAAGUUCCAGAUUUCCUUGGGGAGGAACUUCUAUUUUGUGAUAAAUUAUGGAUCAACCGUAAGCGAAACUUAGUAGUUCUGGCGCGCAAUUUGAAAUGCUACCAAUUCUACCAAAAACAAGUUGUCGCCAGUAUAGAUUUGUCGGAAACUUAUUUAAAAAAUGUUGCUCAAAACUUGCGUGACUAUAAAGGUCCAAAAAGUAAAUGGUUUAAAUUUGUUAACAUUCGCAACGAAGAGUCACUUGGUAGCAUAAUGGAGCUAAAGUCCUUAUCGGAAACCUCCGACCAGCAGACCUCGAUAUUUGGCGAGGAGCACAUUACAACUGAUCUUAAAAUAUCAUUUGGAAAGUUUGUUUAUAGAAAUUUUGAAAUUUAUAAAUUAUAUUUAUUAAUACACCUUUGGGAUAAAUUGCUGGCUAUUGCCUUGCCCGAUUUCGUUCUUGUCAAGCAGUUCGAAAGUGUUGAUAAGCAUCGUAUUAUACAUGGUAAAGAAAAAUUCGAUGCUAUAUUAGAAAUAAAAUUUGAAAAUGGGGACAUGAUAUAUACAAAUUUUCAAGAAUAUGCAAAUGUAAAUCGCUCUUCUCUUAGCAACGGAGGUAACGAUAGAAAAAAUAUAAAGCAGCUCAUGGAGCGAGUAAGAUGUGCCAAAGCAGAACUACAAUUGUAUAAAUCAACUACACAAAAAGAAUUUGACACCUUGCGUGAUUUGCAAAGAUUUGGUUGUAACUUCAUUCGUAGUGAUCAGUUAGAAGAAAAACCAAUGAUUGCCAAAUGUGGUGACAUUUGGUUAAGGAUUGUUACGAGCAAUAUAAUUGUUCUUGGUGUACCACUGGUCAACAAUUGCUCCAUAAAUAGCCUAAUAAUAACCAAAAACCUCAAACCGAUUUUUAAGAUGAAGGAUACCCGUGUAGAUAGUAUUAUAUAUAAAUACCGUAUAUACCAAUUGAAACAAAAAUUUGAAAAUUUAGAAAGUUUGGAAACUUUUUUUCAAACCGAAGAUGAGGAAUUACAAUCAACACCAACAAUUUGGUCGAAAUGUGAAUUGAAUCGGGUGUUGCCCUCAUCUUUUGCUGUGCUUUUGAUUGCCAUACAAGCUUCUCAAUUUCUUUUACUGGAGGAGUGUCCUUUGCUAUUAUAUUUUGAAGUCGAAAAAGAGCCUUUAAAUAAAAUGAAUCAACAUAUGAAAGCAAAAAUUUAUGAACAACAUCUCUUCUUGAAGAACUUAAAUAUAUCCAACAUAACUAUGAACAGACAAAAGUACAAGCUUUCUUUUGAGACUUCAACUUUUCAUCAGGACUUUUUGGCUACUGCAAUGAUUAACAAAGAUUCCACACUACGUAUCCAAUUCGAAUCAAUGAAAGAUGUUUUUUUAUUUGAGCAAUUAAUGGCUAAGAAGCUCGACUUUGAUAUUAUCAAGAGAAACACAAUUUUUAAUGAAUGUGCAAGAAGUGAUGAUAAUCCCCAUGAAAGCAGAGGAGCUGAAGAUUUAUUCAACAAAAAACACUUUAUUUCGUGUAUAUAUUUUAAUAAGGUUUGCACGUCGUUAUGGUUUGGAUCGAUGGCUUUACAAAUAUCACAAACAGGUGAAAGUGAAGAAUAUAAUCAAACAUGGAAACUUUAUUUACACAAUAACGAAAAUGCUUUUAAUUGUAUGCAGAUAUUACUAAAUGAGCUUACUAUGCUUAAUUGCAACAUAAAGAAUAUAGAAUAUUUUAAUGAAAAAAAGGAAACAAGUGAUGAAAAUUUUCUUAAUAUUAAAAAUGAAAUUGUCAAUGAAUUGGAUGUAUUGAGGCAGAUAAAUGAAUGUCUUGAUGGUGACAGAAAGAAAAUAAUUUUCGGCGAAUUGUUAAAAAAUCAAGUACGUUCAGAUUUUUUAAUGAAUGCUUGAGGCAGUUAGAUACAAAAAUUUUACAAAUAAGUAGAAUAAAAAGUUGAACUAAUCUUUACUACGAAAUAUAAAUCUUAAACACUGUACACUUUCAAUUUUUAUAAAACUGAAUGAUAUUAAUAUAAUUGCAUGGAAGUUCAUACUUUUCAUUUAUAUAAAAAAAAUAUAAAAUUAUUCUUAUUUUUUUAAUCUCAGAAAAUUAUUUAUUAUAUGUAUAUUCAAUUGAAAUUUUGCUAAAUAUGUUUUAGCAGUACCAGUUUUAAAUAAAUAAUCUUAUGAUUAUGGCUUAAGAAUACACGCUUAUUGAACUUAUUGUAUGAACUCGAUAUAUCAAAUGCCGUUUUACUACCCAAGUUACAGAGUAUUCAAUGACAAUUCAGGUCUUAAAAAAUAUACAUACAAAUAUAUUUUCAUGGCAAACAAAUUAUUUCAAAAAGAAAUAUAAAUAUAUAUAUUCAAAUAUCAAUUAACAAAUAAUAAUUACAUACAAUGUAGUUUUAUGUAAACUAUACCUAUGUAUAAGUUUAGCAAAAUAAGUUAAGAAUAAACAAAUUAUAGAGCAUUUAAUGACCGUGAUGGUUGUUUUAAGUAUUUUUUUUUUGUUUCUUCGUUACUUAAGUAACGAUAUUUAUAAUAAUUAUAAUUAUUCCUAGAAAUUUUAAGAACAACAGGUAGAAAUGAAAAUUCCAUAGAUCAAAUAAAAAGUUAAAAAAAGUACACCAAAAGUA